UCCACUUCCUCCACUUGAAGAAGCGCCAUUUGCGGCGUUGUCAUACAGCAUGUCGCUAAUGUUUAUGACAUAAUAACAACGCAUUUCAGUGUUUGUUAUUCUACGUUAGCUUUCCAAGUACUAUCUGAAAGAUGGGGCGAAAGAAGAAGAAGCAGAUGAAGCCAUGGUGCUGGUAUUGUAAUCGAGAUUUCGAUGAUGAAAAGAUCCUCAUCCAACAUCAAAAGGCCAAACAUUUUAAGUGCCAUAUAUGUCAUAAGAAGUUGUACACUGGUCCAGGGCUGGCAAUCCACUGUAUGCAGGUUCACAAAGAGACCAUUGACGGGGUCCCCAAUGCCAUACCUGGAAGGGUAGACAUAGAAUUGGAAAUCUAUGGCAUGGAAGGAAUUCCAGAGAAGGAUAUGCAGGAGAGGAGACGGACAUUAGAACAAAAACAGGAGAGCCAGAAGAAGAAGCAGAAUCAGGACGACUCUGACGAGGAUGACGACGAUGAUGAUGCUCCAGGCCCUUCGUUUGUUCAGCAGCAGAUGCCUGCUGCCCAGCCCCAGGCUAGCUAUGUCCCUCCCAUGGCCCAGCCAGGCAUCCCCCCUGGGGCCAGGGCUCCAGGCAUGCCACCAGGAGCUUACUCAGGAAUGCCCCCUAUGAUGCCAGGUCACGGUGUCCCGCCCAUGAUGCAUGGGAUGCCCCCUGGUAUGCACGGAAUGCCACCAGGCAUGAUGCAUGGGAUGGGAGGGAUGAUGCCUCCAAUGAUGCAAGGGAUGCCUGGUAUGCCGCCAGGAAUGCCACCCCACAUGGGUCACCGUCCUGGUAUGCCCCACAUGGCCCAGGUCCCCACCCCGGCAGGGAUGCCCCGACCCUCCGCAGCAGCCCCUGCUGCCGUCAGCAAGCCCCUGUUCCCCAGCGCAGUACAGAUGGGCUCUCAUGUUCCAAACACCAUCACAGCCUCUCCCAGUAGCACUGCAGACUCUCAGUCUGCUGCCUCUAAGCCUCUGUUCUCUAACACUCCACAAGCUCAGCAGAGUGCCUCUGGAGCUGUGCCCCACAGCGCGCCCUCCACCUCCUCUGACCCUCCCAAAGCAACAUUCCCCGCCUACACCCAGUCCUCUGCCUCCUCAUCCUCCUCUAACCCCUCUAGUAACACUGUGGCCAAGCCCCCCGCCACAGUGACCAGUAAGCCAGCCACCCUCACCACCAUGAGUGCAACCAGUAAGUUGAUCCACCCUGAUGAGGAUAUCUCACUGGAGGAGCGACGGGCUCAGUUGCCCCGGUACCAGCGUAACGUGCCCAGGCAGGGGCAGGUUCACAUGUCUGCCCCUCCUGUGGCGGCCGUGGGCGGCAUGAUGCCCCCACAGCAGGGCAUGCCUCCGCAGCAGCCUGGCAUGAGGCACCCAAUGCACGGUCAGUAUGGUGGUCCCCCCCAGGGCAUGCCUGGCUACAUGCAGGGCGGGAUGCCUCCGUAUGGGCAGGGCCCUCCGAUGGGAUACCAAGGAGGGCCUCCCAUGGGCAUGCGGCCCCCCGUCAUGUCUCCUGCGGGACGAUACUGAAGCAGUCGCAACGACCUGACCCCUCACUAGGUUUGGAGGUUAAACCUUUUCUCACCUUGUGCUUUUUAAAACUAGCCCAAGCCAAUGAGCUGUAAGACCAACCAGUGAUGGUGAAGAAAAGUAUUAAUGAAAAAAAAUAUAUAUACGCAGCACACGGACAUUUAACAUUACAUCUUUAAUGGGGAAAAAACAUAGAAACAACAAAACACACAAAACAACUUGAUGAUAAUGACAACUUUGUCAUUGUGCAGAUUUGAUACAUGUAUGGUGUUUUUCUUCUCAUGUUUCACUCAGGUUUGUAGAAGUGAAGUGUGUUAAAUAUGGUUCAUAUUGUUUUGACUGCUCGCUGCUGGAGUAACAUGAUCGUAUCGCCCUCCCCUUACAAAAAGGCAAGUUUCCUGUAAAUAUAUGAUUUUCUGUUGUGUAGAGUAAGUCGGUGACGAGGCCCUCACAGCACACUUGUGUGUUGUUGGACGCCCUGUCCCCAACCGUAUGGUUGGUGAGGGUCCUCCUUUAUGAUGACGAUUCCAACUGUUUAGUAGUUUACCAUGGAUUAUUAUUAUCUAUCAGUCUCUAGCUUCAUUCUUAUUUCAGGUUUAUUCCAUGAUCGAAAGGGUAACUUGUGUGAACUUAUUCUCUGUACUGUUUUAAACUAUCUGUUGUAAUAAAACUCACUUAAAAUCCAACACUGUUUUCUUCCUGACCCAUGGAUGGGGAUGAGGCUUCAUGAAGGUUUGUACCAUGGAGGUUAGUACCUUCAUCAUGAAGGUUUGUACAUAAAUGUUGUAUUUAUGAAAUAUUGUUCAAAUAAUAGAAUGUCAACAUUCCAGAUCUGGUAUUUUUAAACAUGUUUUAAUAUACAAAUUGUCUUGAUGCAGAUACGUUUAUAGCCUGAUGUUCUUUAAUAGUAAUUCAAUCAUUUAAACCUGCACCCUGAAUCAGUUUAUCUUCCUCACCUUAGGUUCACUAACAUUUGCAUGCAAGUGCUCUAUACUCUGAGUGGUUGAUGAUAAAUAUACAUUUUACUUGAUGUCGGGUGUAUUUUUCCUAAACCACCAGCUCAUGUCUGGGUGUUUAGCUUUUCAAGUCAGAGGGCCUUAUUUAGUGUUAUUCCACCAUGGUGCAUCAGUGUUUCCCCUAUAUGUAUUUAGCAGCGGCGUUGUGCCGCUGCUAAACCGUAGCCGCCACUGCAAAAAAAAUCAAAACUAGGAAUAUAGAAACGAUAAUGGCGCAAUAUAUUUGAAGACUAAAAAUCGCCAAAAUAAAGACGAGACAGUUGGAGAAAGUAAAAUAAAAAUAAAUGUCAUGAUAUAGGGCCCCUUUUGAUUUGGUUUGUCAUUUAGAUAAAUUAGGAACAAUGCAUAAGCCAUGUCAAAAUGUGUAGAAUUGUAGAAAAUUAGCUUUAAAACAAAUGUUCAUGUCAAAAUGUGUAGAAUUGCAGAAAAUUAGUUUUAGAACAGCUACAGUUUCUCUGUGGCCGAGAGGAGGGCCGCUAAAAUGUGCCAUUUGUCAUGCUAACUUUGCCACCGCUGUUGGAAAAAAAUACUAGGGGAAACACUGCAUGGCAUAUUAAAAUCGAAAAACCAUUACUUUGAAACUUUUUGUAAGCCCAUGUCUAUUUUGAUGGUAAUGUCCUUAUCUGCUUUUCAGCCUAAAACACAGAUUUCUUGCGAAACAGGUCAGUUAUAUCUGUAAGUACCCAUUCCCUUACCAUAGUGUGGCUGUAUCUUGCACCGGAUGUACCAUUUUAGUAGUAACGAGUUAUUGAAUCUGAAGUAAUGCAUUUUUGGAGUUUUUCCAAGAUUUGUACAUUGUUUUGAGUAUUGUAGAGUUAUUAUAAAAUACUUGUUCAAGAUUUGUGACACCAUUUUUGGUUGCAUACAAAUGUAAUGAAUGUUGAAUGCUGUGGUGUGCCAUUGUUGCCUCUUUCUGUCUGGUGGUGAAGGGGGCAGCUUGGUGGAAACUGGACACAUUUUUACCCCACUCAUUUGGUAAGUAGGAUUUCACAUCGGCUAUGAUGUACAGUGGCUUCAGAAAGUAUUCCUACCCCUAGACUUGUUUCACAUUUGGUUGUUACAGCCUGAGUGUAACAGAUGAAGUAGAUUCUCACCCAUCUACCCACAAUACCCCAUAAUGGCAAAGUGAAAUCAUGUUUGAAUAUUAAAUACAUAUGUAUUCAAGCCCUUGAGUCAAUCAAUACAUGUUAGAAUCACCUUUGGCAGCCAUUACAGCACACAUUUUUCUGGGUAAGUCUUAAGAGCUUUCCACACCUGGAUUUUAUUAUAUUUGCAUAUUCUUCAAACUCUGUCAAUUUGGUUGUUGAUCAUUGCUAGACAGCCAUUUUCAAGUCUUGCCAUAGAUUUUAAAACAGAUUUAAGUCAACUCUUAAUUAGGCCAUUCAGUAACAUUCAAGCAACUCCAGUGUAUAUUUGACCAGUGUUUUAGGUUAUGGUCCUGCUGAAAGGUACAUUUGUCUCCGUGUCUUUUGGAAAGCAGACUGAACCAGGUUUUCAUUUGGGUUUUUUCAUGUGCUUAGCUCUUGUUUCUUCUUAUCCUAAACUCCCUAGUUCUUGCUGACGACUAGCAUACCCAUAACAUGAUGCAGCCGUCACCACCAUGCUUGAAAAUAUGAAGAGGAGUAGUCAUUGAUGUAUUGGAUUUGCCCAAAAUGUAACACUUUGAAUUCAGGACAUAGAGUACAUUUCUUUGCCACGUGUUUUAUGCUGUACAGGCUUCCUUUUCACUCUCAUUUAGGUUAGUAUUGUGGAGUAACUACAAUGUUGAUCAAUCAUCAGUUUUCGAUCACAACCAUUAAAUGCAAAUGUACCUUUUUAUUUUGAAUUUGCAGAACCAUCUCAUCUUUGCAGAUAAAUAUUUUGUAGUCAUUUUGUAAUGGUGGGUGUGGCCUCAUGGUGAAAUCCCUGAAUGGUUCCCUCUCCAUAGUGACUGGGUGUAUUGUGUAGUAGAAAUUCUAAUCAAUGAGAGACGAGGUCAAGCACCAAUCAGGACAUUGCUUUCCUUAUUAAUACGUUUUGAAUAAAGUAUAGAGUCAUUGCUUCUAUAAUGAUAAGCCUGGUCGGCUCAACACUUCCAAGUGUUGUGGUGAGUAGCUCUGACAUACGAAGAAUACAUGUCUUUUAUAGAAAAGAUACACCCUUUUAGUCUUCCUGACAAACAACAGAUGCAUGGAAUGGGUCACAGGGUGUAACUUGAUAUAUGAGAAAGGAGUAUCCCACCAGAUAGCAUUUGCUUUGAAGUCUGUUCUUAUUUAGUUUGGCCCAAAAGACGAGGCUCCGAUCUCGUUCCUGGUACUUCAAAGCACAGAAACACCAAUUAAUUCUAUGGCAUAACUCAAUUGUCAACUCUAGAUACUUCCAUCUCAAGUAAAACCCUUCUUGACCACACGCCUGGACACUGAGGGGAGUGAGCCUCUAGGUGACUUGGCUCACGAACAUUGUGGAGACAAGUGGUUCCCCAUCAAUCGCGCCAUCCCUUCACAUGGUUUAGAAUAGGUAGACACAUUCACAUAUGAAGACAAUGUUCCCUCCUGUCAUAUUUCUCUUUCUGAUAUUCUGCAUAGCACUAGCGGCAUGUGAAAGACGAGCCUGACUUCUCCCCUCUCUGGGCCCCAGCUGAGGGAGGAAAUGCAACUACCAACACCAGAGUCCAAAGGGAUACAUUCUAAUAACAAGCAUAUCAUAUAAGCAUAUGCAGAUAAGACAUCUUAAUUAUCUAUGUUACCUAAGUUUUCCACCACAAUUGAUAUACCAUCCAAAGUGUUAACUUCACCAUGCUCAAAGGGAUAUUCAAUAUCUGCUUUUUAUUUGAAUUGUACCCACCUACCAAUAGAUACCCUUUGCGAGGCAUUUGAAAACCUCCCUGGUCUUUGUGGCGAAUAUGUUUUGAAAUUCACUGCUCAGCUUCGGGGACCUUUUUUAUAUGCAUGUGUGGGGUACAGGAUUGAGAGAGUUAUUCAAAUCAUGUUAAGCACUAUUAUUGCACACAGUGAAUCUAUACAACUUAUAUUGUGCCUUAAGCUAAUUUUCACUCCUGAAUGUAUUUAUGUUUGUCAUAACAAAGGGGUUGAAUACGUUUUGAUUCAAUACGUUUCAGCUUUACAUUCAAUUCAUUUGUAAAAAGUUCAAAAAAAAACAAUUCUACUUAAACAUUGUGCGGUAUUGUGUAAGCCAGGGACACAAUCUCAAUUGAAUCAAUUUUUAAAUUCUGGCUGUAACACAAAAUAGAAAAAGUCAAGGGGUGUGAAUACUUUUGGAAGGCACUGUACAUGAUGGCUGUUGUAAAGUAAUGAUUUUAAAGUUCAUUUGAAAACACUCCCACACCAUAUUACGGUCAUGUUUUUUUUCUUCAAGUUAUGAUCAUUGUUUACAGAUUUUAAUAGAUUAUUAAUAGAUGGAUGAAAGUAUUUGGCCUGUUGGAUGUUGUCGUCAACACUCGUCCGAACUCAUCUUCCAACUUUCGCAACAAUGCUCAAAACUGUCUUGGAUGUGCUGCUGUGUUAAACUAUUACUCGGAUUAGCUUCACCAUUAUAAUUGAAUUCUCCCCAGUUAUAAUUGUCAACAUGCAUCCUAUAACGUUCUUUUAAAGGGAACAUUGGCCUGUUUGUUCAUUAACUAUACAUUUCACAUAAAACAAAUAGACAUGUUAUUUCACAAGACCAUGUUGGCAGUAUCACAGUUUCUCUCCAUUUGCUGAUGUGCAUAAAUGUAUCCUAAUGUAAAAAUCCAAAUGCUUUGUAUCAAAACACACUAUUAUAAGAAUAAAUCAUGUGUUUUGUGUACAAUUUUCAGUGUCUUUUUUCAAGCC